ACUUAGUAUUACAGUUAAUUGGUGACUGUUUCAUACCUCCUUUGGUAGGUUACAUGUUCUUGAAGGUCAGGUCUGUUUCAUUUCUGUCCUCUGCUUUGCACACAAGGUUGAUGUUCACUUAGCUGCCUUAUGGGGAUUCCUCUUCUACCUGUCUAAAACAGUUCUUGAAUGUGAGAUAGCAUGCUGACCUCUUGUGCUAGUAAAUUGCUUUCAGGUCAGUGCACUUUGCGCUGAGAGAGUUGUAUGCUUAUCAGAAGUUGUGUUGGUUUCCAAGACUAUUUCAUGGCAGGUAAUCUUGCUUUUAUAAUAAUUUAAAUAUGUAAACUGAUGAAAUGAGUGCAAACUUUUUUUUUUUCCUGAAAACCAAGUUGGAUUCUUUGGAAAAACUUGAUAAAGGUGAGUCACUAAAAUAACGGCUGUAGAAUUAGAUAUGGCUGUAAUAACAAAGUUUUGGAGGAGGAGUAACAAUAAUCCAGGAUGAUUCUGUAUGUAGACUGCUUUACAAGAUUUCUUAAAGUUUCCCCUUUAAUGAAACUGGAAUGGAGAUUGUAGAUGAUGCAUUUAUAGAUACAGUUUAGAUCAAGCAGCAGGAACUUCGGUCAGCAAGGAGCUCCACAUCAUCAAUCCCAUUCUCCAAGUGCUUGACCCCAUAUUAAGAUUGGCAAAUACAUUUAUGUGUUAAAUGUAGAUAAAACGUUUGUUAUGUAUGUAUGAUUUUUUGAUUUCCUAUUUUAGCUUUAAUCCCUUUUUUACUACUUUUGUAUAUGAUUGUUUUGGAUACAAAGGCUUUUGCUUCAAUAAGUGCUCCGGUUUUUGUUUUCUAAAUGGAUGGAAGAAAUUAAGAUCCGAAAUGAAGAUCCUGGUUGUGUUAUGUUGGAAUAAACAAAGAACUGACACUGGGACAGUAGAAAGAGCUUUAGAAACAAUGAACCUGGAUUUGGUUCCUGGCACCUACAUCCUAGGAGUCUUAACCCUCUUGGAUCCUCAUUUCUGUCUGUAAGGUGGGAGCGAUCCCUCAGUUGGAGAGUCUUUGAAGAUAAAAUGGUAACACGACCUUAGAGGUAGUAGGUGUUCAGUAUGUCAUUAAAGUAGCUUUGUGAUCUCAGGCAAGUUAUCAAACUUGAUUGUGUAGUUUUCCAUUAUUCCCGCUUUCUUAAUGAAGAGACUCCAAAAGAUAAAUUUUGUUAUGUGUAAUCCAAGACUGAAUCAAACCUGGAAUAUAGUACUUGCUCAGAAAUUUUUGUAUUAGUGAACAUGAGCCAUACUGCAUAAUAGCUUGCAUGCUAAUUAAGCAAGGUCUAGCUUCUGCAUCCGUGAAACGUAGAAUGUGUGUGUGAGGGAGCCCAUGAAUGAACUCCACUGCUUGGAACAGCCUCUCUGUCAGACAGAUGUGCGGCGUUUAUUCAGCAGCUACUGGCCUUUGCCAGGCCGAGUGCAGUGGGAUUCCUCAUCAAGAACUAAACUCUUUGCAACUGGGCUUUGUGUUCAUCUCUCUCAUCGGACCUUGUAUAACUAGUACUUAGGUUUAAUGUGUUUUUUAAGUGAGAAGGUUGGGAAAAGUGAAGAACAGGGAAAAAUCUAAAGAAAAGAAUUACUUUAGAUAGGCUAAGUGUCAAGGUGAUUUGAGGCAGGUGGAGGGAAAACUUAGUAUUUUAAUCUUCAGUAAAUGUUUGAUUGCUAAUUGCCAAUUGCUAAAUCUUUAGGACUGACCCUUUUUCAGUAAAAUCAGCACAUGGAGCAGAUAGAUCAUAGCCUAGUUGAUUUCUGCUGCUACGUGGUAUCUUCAGUUAGUAUUUUACUUUUCAUUUUGAUGGAGCAAUGUAUUAUAAAACUGCAUCUUUCCUUUUAAUUGUUGAUUUUGAGAGAUUUUUUUCCACUCCUAUUGGUACAGAUUUUUUUCUUAUAAAGGAAUUAAAAUACAACAGUAUUAUUUUACUUUUGAAACAUCAUAGCAUAUGUUGCUGGAAUGUAUAUGUUUCAUUAACAUUAACAUGUUAACAUUCAUCAACACGCUUGAUUGAUUUUUAAAUAAUUGUCUUGUAAACCAGGAGUACCUGUGAUCCAAGUCAAAAAUAAGACCGUUUACAAGAGAAUGCACGUUUUGUAUUGAUGUAUACUUAACUGUCAGUUUUUUAAGUCCAACUUUGUUUCAGACUUAAUUUGUGACUUUUUUUCUACCUGAUUAUUUUACUCUGAAGCUGCAUAAUGAAAUAUUGGAUGAUGUGUAGGGUAUUGGGUGCUGUAUGAAGCAGGGUUGAGAAAUAUGUGUGUGUGUGAGUGUAUAAUAGUGGAUGAAGAAACAAAAAUGUGACCAGGAAGAUCGAAUAGUAAUGCUGCUAACUUUGAAAUCAUUUUCAUUGUGUUUGGAGACGGCAAUGUGAAGUGUAAAUAUAUUCAUGAGUUAAUGAAAGCUGUUUAACAAAGUUGCCUAAGAAAUAGAAAGGUUAUAUGCUGCAUUCUUUUGACUACGGUGUUUUAAAAACUGGGUAAGUAUGAAUCAGCCUUAUUUUGUCAUAGUUUGGAGUGUUGUGAUCUCAAGACUGAAAGGGGUUAGGUGGGCCCGUGGUAAAAUGGUAGAGCUGCUAGGGGUGGGGGGAAGGUAGGAGUGUGUGUGUGUGUGUGUGUGUGUGUGUGUGUGUUACGUGUGUGUGUGUGUGCACACAUGCUGGUGGUACUGGUGCUUACCACUACAGUCUAUUAUUGCCAUGGGGAGUGUGGGCCGGGUUUUGCCAGCUUGUCCUUUUCUAUCCUAUUCUUAGCCAGAAAUCCAGAUUUUACAGGAAGUCUGAUUUUUAAGAUGUCGCAACUAAAAAUAUUUAAGCACCAUGGACCUAAGGAAAUGUAUCUGUUGGUCAGGUAUGGCUACCAUCUUGUAAUUUCUGAUUUAGAUGAUGGGCUUUAGAUGUUCUUUGAAGACAUCCUUAAUUGCCUUUAGAACUCUUUUAGCAUUUAGGUUACAAAGACUGCUGCUCACACAUGGACGGAACCCAUCUUGUUAAUUGGUCAUUGAUUUACAGUAGGACUAAUAAUUAGUAAAUGGCAAACAUGUUCAUGUCUAAAGUAGUUUCGGUUUCUAGUUCUGGACUCGUGGAUCGUGUACGCCCAUUUAGGCUAAGUGUACGUACAGACUUCGGAGAGUUGCUCAAAGGCUGAGGUGUUGACUUAGUGUGAACUGUCAGAAAUUGGUAUUCAUAGUCUACUUUUUCUUUAGAUGUCUGGGUGGUUGCUUAUUGUAAGCAUGCCUUAGUACAGUUUGGUUUAUACCCACCGUACUAAAGUCUCACAGGUUUGAAAUACUGCUUCCUGGAAAAGACUGCUUUAUCUAGAAAAUGACAUUUUUUUGCUCAGGGUAUAUCCAUGAAAUUCACAUUAGCUUAUAUGACACAUGAUCCUUGGAAUAUAGUAUUACUAUGAAAAAAAUUAGGUGCUCUUCUAGUCAGAGGAUAGAACAAGAGGAUGAUACAAUAUUAUAAUUUUUGGCCAGGCUUCAUGUUUCCAUGGAAUGGAAGCCAAGUCAUUACCUUGACUGACUUUCCCUUUUUGUCUUUGUUACUUCCCCACUCCCCCUCCAGAUACAUAACAGCAAAUUGCAAAUAAACUCAGGUCCAGUUUGUUCUUCCCUACCUUUCAAGUCCAGGAUACAGUUGAUGUUCCCAUCCCUCUCCCCCAUCAUUUUUAUUAUGAUUACAGUGCCAUAGUUAAGGGAAUCCUUAUGCACUUUGGGAACAUUUCAGUAGAGGUUGAUGUGGAUGAGAGCUUAAAAAUGGAAUUGCAAGUGAAGGUAGGGACUUAAAACCUCGACCUGGAGCUCUCAGUGCUCAUAAAGUGGCAUUUCCCUGCUUCUGUCCUAGCAUCAAGAAUUCCUGGUUUUGAAUUCCCUGGCGACCCAGUGGUUAGGACUCCGUGCUUUCACUGCUGAGGGCGAGGGUUCGAUCCCUGGUCGGGGAACUAAGUAAGAUCCCACAAGCCACGGUGCGGCCAAAAAAAAAAAAAAAAAAAAAGAUUCUUGGUUUUGUCUUUGUUUAGACUUCAGUGUCUCCUUGACACCUACCUUGCCUAUUACAAUGCUUUAAUUUUGUCAGGUGUAGAAACGCAAGUGCAGCUAUAACAGCCAGAUUGCUGUGGAUGUACUUCAGUAUGAGAACACAUUGACUGUGUGGUGGUCGUCAGGUCAUAGCUGAGCUUGGAUUUCAGGUGCUGGGAAGGUCCUCGUGUGGGAACCCAUGUGUAGUCUUUGCUUGUAUUAGAAGGAUGGAGGACCAAAGUCCCAGAUACCUGUCCUGUUUUCAGUUGUUCAGGUGUCCUGUGUGCAAAUUAUGAAUAUAAGACAUUGUUCAGUACUGGUUUUGAUUCGGAUUCAAGGUGAGUUUCUGCUGCUGAAUAAAAAGCGAAAUUUUGGGGUAAGAUCUUUGCCAGGCGUAUGUUGCAGGGAAGGUGUACUUAAGUGUCCUUUAAAAAAAAUUGUUUCAACCAUUAUUAAGUAAAUAUAUGACCCAGUAGUAGGUUGUUUUGAUUGUCAUUCUUUUGUGCUGGUAUACUGCUUGCCUUCUGUUUCGUUGGCAGUUACAUGAGAAAGCAGUUUUGUGAAGUAUACUACCUUGAAAACCUUAGACACCGAGUUUCCAUCAGGGAUGAUCUUUAGUCCAGCAGACUCUAGUAGCAUGAUUGGUCUCAGGAAUGCCAUUCUUAUGUAUAGCCUGAGGGCCAGGAGUUUGGGCAAAUUCAGUUUAAGGAGAUUACAGUGAAGAAAAGAAAUUCCUUCUAAUAUCAUUUCCUUUAUUAAAUACUUUAUCUGAUUUCCUUUAUUAAAUAUUUUAUCUGAUUAGGAUGAAAUAAUUGGAAGCUACUUAUAAUUUCAACAUCUCCUACCUUCUGACAUCCAAGGAAAGCACUUCUGAUCUUAUUUUUCUGGAUUUUUAUACCAGUCUACUAGUUCUAUCUUUGAAAUGUAAGAGAAAAAUCCAGUUGCCUUUGUAAUCUACAAAACCAUACCUCAGUUUUAUGUUCAGUUCAGGGCAUAAUUUCUUCCAGUCCUUCCAAAUUCUGUUAAAGUUAUCCUGUUUAUGGUCCUAUUGUUUACUUCUUGAAAAAUCCUGUAUUCCCCAAACCUUGGAGAAGAUUAGAAGGUUUUAAAAUUUUCUAACCAAAAGUAUCUGCCUGAGGAAACAUCCCAAUUUCAGGAUAUUUUAUUUUAUGACUUGGCUUCCUGGGAGAAUUAGAAUCUGGUCUACCAGGAAGACUCUUGUGUUUACAUUUUCUGGCCUCAGUCUCAUGGAAAAAUGAGAAACUUCUUGGCCUCUCUUCUUCUAGGAACAUAAAAUUGGAACCAAGUAGGAUGAGAACAGAAAACAUGACGGUAAACCACCAAGUUGACCUGGUUGGAUAUCUGACAUCUGUAAAUCUUAUGGUUUGUAAUGUCUAAUUCUUAGUGGCUGGUUUAAGUAGGGUGUGUGUGUGUGUGUGUGUGUGCGUGCGUGCGUGCGCGCGCGCGCGUGUGUGUGUGUUUGUGUGUGUGUAUUCCCGCCACCCCUUGAAUAUUCAGCCAUCUUAAGGGUUAGAUAGUGUGAUCUCCAUUUUACACAUGAAAAAACUGAAGCAGAAAGGUACCCGGGACCACACAGCUCAGUAAGGGGCCAAGUCAGGACCCUAAAGGCAGUCUCAAGCUUUAAGCUAUACUUUUUGAUCACUGCAUCUGUAGAAAACAGUGUACGCUGUACUGGUGUUAGAGCUAUGAAGUCCCUUUAGACUGAAGGAAGUAUUUCAUAUCUGUUUUGAGUGCCUAGCAGGUGCCAGCACUACCAUGUGUUUGGGGAACAGAGUGGUAAACUGUAGGACAAAGUUCCAGCUCUCAUAGGGCUUACCUUCUAAUGAGGGAGAGAAACUAGCAAACGCUGUGAAGAGAAACAGCAGGAUAAGGGGACAAAUGUGGCCUUAUGUGUUCUUUAUAGUGCUCAGGCAAGGCUGCGACUUCAGGGAGGGAGCAAGCGAGCCAUGGCCGUUAACUGGGGGCAGGAGAGCAGGGUUGAGUGCGGAGGUCUUGGAGUGGUUAUGUUAACGUGGCAUUCAGUUCAGCAGGCUUUUAUUUUAUAGGUCGUCUUCAAGCCUUUCCUGAAAGAACUGACAGCAUAUGACAGUUUAAUGCUUACUUUUUUCCACAGGACUUUUAUCUAGUAAUCUAUCUUGAUGAAGUUGGCUUGAGGUACAUGUUUUUCCCAUUUUAUAGAAGUGAGAAUUAAGAUGUGGACUCGAGCAUACGUAAAGGUGACUCGUUUAACAAAUCUCCGUAUUGUACCCAUCACCCAGUUUCAGCAGUUAUCACCAUUUACCACUCUUGCUUUAUCUCCACCACCCCUUCCCUUUACUUAUUUAUUUUUUUUGCUGGAGUAUUUUAUAUUUUUUAAAAUUUAUCUUAAAAUUUUAAACCUUUUGAAGAGUUACCAGUAUAAGAACCAUUCAGUUAACACCUGUAUGCUUUUCACCUAGAUCACUAAUUUGCCGUAUUGGCUCCUUUUUUAUCAUUUGAGAGUUGCAGGCUUUGUUGACAUGCCUUUCUUAGGAACAAGGACUUUCUUCCUAACCAUAGCAUGACCAUUACACUCAGAUUUGACAUCAAUACAGUACAAUUAUAGAAUGUUCAAUUUGUGUUCUAAUUUACCUUGUUAUUCCCGUGUUAUCCUUUAGUUCUCCAGUCCAUUGUUCAGUCAAGGCUCAUGUAUCUGGUUGUUGUUUAGUCUUCUUGAUUUAGAGCAGUUCUCAAGCCUUUGUCAUUAAGGACAGUGUCACUUAGAAGAGUCCAGCCAGGCCCUCUGGUCUGGAGAAUCCCUCAAUUUGAAUUUGUCUAGCUGCUUUCUCAUGAUUAGAGAUAGGUUGAACAUUGUUGGCAGGAAUGUUACAUAGGGAUGUCAGUUUGUCCCACUGUUGGGGGUGUCAAACAAUUAUUUGGUUUAGGUGAUAUCCACCAGAUUGCACCAUUAUAAAUGUACCUUUUUUCCUUUAGUAAUUAUUAAGUGAUUUAUGGAGUGACAAACUUGAUUGAGACUCAAUAUUCUUUUCUCCAGCAGUCUUCCACUGGCUUUAGCAUUUAUUGAUGAUUCAGAAUCAGUUAUUGCUGGAGUACUUUAAAGCAAAUGCAGAUAUAAAAUUUCUCCUGUAAAUAUUUAUCAUGUAUCUAAAAGGUAAGGGCUUAAAAAAAACAAAAAACCACAGCGCCUUUAUGCCACCUCACUAAAUUCCUUAACAUCUAAUAUCCAUAUUCAGAGGCCCUGAAUUGUCUCAGUUGUUUCUCUACAGUUGAUUUGCUUGAAUCUGAAUCCAAGCAAUGUCCACAGGUUGUAUUUACUUGAUGUUUUUGCAAGUGUUCCUGGGUAUAGCAUUCAUGUCUGCCUUUAGAGAUAAGAUGAAUUCUUGAUGGGUAUAGAUGUUGACAGCCUCCUGCAUCCAUUCUGAAGUUCCCAUCAAACUUUCUUUCACCUAAGGGCUCUAGCAUCCAUUGUAAUCAUUGCCUAGGGACAUUAUUUCAUUAGGGAUUACAAAAGGUGAUUCUCAGGUUGCAUCAUUUCUUCUGUAUCGAUGAGCAGAUUUUUUUCUGACCUGUGUUUAUUUCUGCUUUUUUAUGUAUACCUUCCUGGGGAGAGUUGUAAAAGGAUACAUUCUUCAUCUUUACUUUACAGAGGAUGGUUCUGGACUUCCUUAGUAAUUCUGUAAUAUGUCCUCAAUUUUCUCAUGGGGAUUUUCUCUCUUGGGGAUUUUGUGAGGAUUAAAUGGUCCGUUACAUGUAGCUUAAAAAUGGUGCCUGGCACUCAUGUUGGGGUAAGCGCUAGUUAUUAAAGUAACUUUUUCAUUUAAUUCUUCAAGUGUAAUGAAGAGGCAGAGAUGGGAGAGGUUCUUCAUGUGUUGACAUCAGCAGGAUGCUUGAAUUUGUGUAGAGUGAGCUGAGGGAAGUACUGCUUGCCCACGCCAGGCUGUCCUCUUUGACUGCAUGGAAACAGCCAUAAUACACGAAGCAUAUAUCACUGCACACCGUGAAAUGGAUAUUGACAAUUGAAGAGCUCCAAUUAUAAUAACUUUGAAGAUUCAGAAUUUGUCUCUUUUUCCAGGAGAAAACCCGUCAUAUUCAUAAACUCAAUUUUAGGGUUGGUACAGUAGGCUUCACUAGACUUAGCUGCAACUCAGAAUUUCUCCUCCAGCACCUGAGUAAAUGCUGAUGGUCUUGUGGAGAGUGGAUUAAGAGUACGAGCUAAGUUCUCAAUCCCAAUUAAGAAGCGGAGGAAAAUUUAAACUGUCUCCUUCAAAGUUUAUCACAACCGCCACCAUCAAGACAGCAAACCAAAGGACAAAGACUUUGACCUGCUGUGUUGCUCUGUGUAGUCCAGUUCACGUAUGGUUUACAGACUUGGCUGGGGUUACUAAUGAGUAAAUAAAAAGUUGGACACGUCUGUCAUUGGACACGUUUAUUCACAAAGUUACCAAAAUGAGGGCUGUACUGGAGACAGCAGACAUUGCCAUAGUGGCCCUGUACUUUAUCCUGGUCAUGUGCAUUGGUUUUUUUGCCAUGUGGAAAUCUAAUAGAAGCACUGUAAGUGGAUACUUCCUGGCGGGGCGCUCUAUGACCUGGGUAGCAAUUGGUGCCUCUCUGUUUGUGAGCAAUAUUGGGAGUGAGCACUUCAUUGGGCUGGCAGGAUCUGGAGCUGCAAGUGGAUUUGCAGUGGGCGCAUGGGAAUUCAAUGCCUUACUGCUUUUGCAACUUCUGGGAUGGGUUUUCAUCCCGAUUUACAUCCGGUCAGGGGUAUACACCAUGCCUGAAUACUUGUCCAAGCGAUUUGGUGGCCAUAGGAUUCAGGUCUAUUUCGCAGCGUUGUCUCUGAUUCUCUAUAUCUUCACCAAGCUCUCAGUGGAUCUGUAUUCAGGUGCCCUCUUUAUCCAGGAGUCUUUGGGUUGGAACCUUUAUGUGUCUGUCAUCCUCCUCAUUGGCAUGACUGCUUUGCUGACUGUCACCGGAGGCCUUGUUGCAGUGAUCUACACAGACACUCUACAGGCUCUGCUCAUGAUCGUUGGGGCACUCACACUUAUGAUUAUUAGCAUGAUGGAGAUUGGCGGGUUUGAGGAAGUUAAGAGAAGGUACAUGUUGGCCUCACCCAAUGUCACUUCCAUCUUGUUGACAUACAACCUUUCCAACACAAAUUCUUGUAAUGUCCACCCUAAGAAAGAUGCACUGAAAAUGUUGCGGAAUCCAACAGAUGAAGAUGUUCCUUGGCCUGGAUUCAUUCUUGGGCAGACCCCAGCUUCGGUGUGGUACUGGUGUGCGGACCAAGUCAUCGUGCAGAGGGUCCUAGCGGCUAAAAACAUUGCUCAUGCCAAAGGCUCUACUCUGAUGGCUGGCUUCUUGAAGCUUCUGCCAAUGUUUAUCAUAGUUGUCCCAGGAAUGAUUUCCAGGAUACUGUUUGCUGAUGAUAUAGCUUGCAUCAACCCAGAGCACUGCAUGCAAGUGUGUGGAAGCAGAGCUGGGUGCUCUAAUAUUGCUUACCCACGCCUGGUGAUGAAGCUGGUUCCUGUGGGCCUCCGGGGCUUAAUGAUGGCAGUGAUGAUUGCAGCUCUGAUGAGUGACUUGGACUCUAUCUUUAACAGUGCCAGUACCAUAUUCACCCUCGAUGUGUACAAACUCAUCCGCAAGAGCGCAAGCUCCCGGGAACUAAUGAUUGUGGGGAGGAUAUUUGUGGCUUUUAUGGUAGUGAUCAGCAUUGCAUGGGUGCCCAUCAUCGUGGAGAUGCAAGGAGGCCAGAUGUACCUUUACAUUCAGGAGGUAGCAGAUUACCUGACGCCCCCAGUUGCAGCCCUGUUCCUUCUGGCGAUUUUCUGGAAGCGCUGCAAUGAACAAGGGGCUUUCUAUGGUGGAAUGGCUGGCUUUGUUCUUGGAGCAGUCCGUUUGACACUGGCCUUUGCCUACCGUGCCCCAGAAUGUGACCAACCUGAUAACAGGCCAGGCUUCAUCAAAGACAUCCAUUACAUGUACGUGGCCACAGCGUUGUUUUGGGUCACAGGACUCAUUACUGUAAUUGUUAGCCUUCUCACGCCACCUCCUACGAAGGAACAGAUUCGUACCACCACCUUUUGGUCUAAGAAGAGCCUGGUGGUAAAGGAGAGCUGCUCCCCAAAAGAAGAACCGUACAAAAUGCAAGAGAAGAGCAUCCUGAGGUGCAGUGAGAAUAGUGAGGCCGUCAACCACGUCAUUCCCAAUGGGAAGUCUGAAGAUAGCAUUAAGGGCCUGCAGCCUGAAGAUGUUAAUCUGUUGGUGACCUGCAGAGAGGAGGGCAACCCAGUGGCUUCUUUAGGUCAUUCAGAGGCAGAAACACCUGUAGAUGCUUAUUCCAAUGGGCAAGCAGCUCUCAUGGGUGAGAAAGAGAGAAAGAAAGAAACAGAGGAUGGAGGCCGGUACUGGAAGUUCAUAGAUUGGUUCUGUGGCUUUAAAAGUAAGAGCCUCAGCAAGAGGAGUCUCAGAGACCUGAUGGAGGAGGAGGCUGUUUGUUUACAAAUGUUGGAAGAAACUCCACAAGUUAAACUGAUACUAAAUAUUGGACUUUUUGCUGUGUGUUCACUUGGAAUUUUCAUGUUUGUUUAUUUCUCCUUAUGAACUUUUAAGGAUAUGAUGAGACACUAACUUAAGAAAAUACUGGUCUUUGAAAAAAAAAAAAAAAACAAAAAAAACCCGAAACACUUAUGUAACUGUUGCAUCUCUCAGGCAUUGUUUACGCUGUAGGUUUUAGCCAAAUUUUACUUAGCAGAAAAAUCAUCUAUUUGCAAGACUUUAUUUUCCCAGAGAUGGAUGAAAGUAAAAUUUCAAUCUAAAUGAAGUAAAACUUGUUUAACAGACUGAAUUGUGCAAAUGUGGUUUAAAAUUUUCCAUACCAAAGUAAGGAGAGACCAAUUAUUCUCAUAGAGCACUUAGAGCAGAAUAUAUGCUAAGAUAUCAAGAAUAAGAUAUACUGUCUGCACUGCCAAAUCUUGGUAGGCCUUCUUACCCUGAAGUAGAAGACUUGCUCAUUUUAAAGUUUUUUCUCUCUCUGUAAUCCCUACUUCCAUUUUAAAAAACUGAAUUUGUAGACAUUGUAUAAUCAAUUAUGUACUGAAAAUCUAACAUGUGCUUGUUUCAGGGCAAGUUCGUUUGCCAGGUUCGUUUUGUUAGCAUGAGCCUGUGGAUUCUGAAUGCUGAAAGAAAGGAAGAAGAAUGUUUUCCUGUAGCUGUUCUUGUACCACCAGUAUAUGGAAUGUUGGGGAAAAAUUUGUUCCAGUUGUUUUUUUCUAUUUUUCCUACUUUGAAGUUUAAGUGAACCAUACUCAAAUGACCACCAAGUCUGUCUUUAUAAAGUUGUAUGUCAUGAUUGUAUUGUAAAUGGUUAUGGGGGAGAAGAUGAAGUAAACAUUGCUGAUGAUCCCCAGAUUUACUGACCAAAUUAAGAUCAUUUAUAUAGUUUGGAAAUUAGCAUCCCCUAAGAAGCAUUUGAUCGACAAAGCUGAACAGGUGAUAGUCUAAUACUAAAUAUUGGACUUUUUGCCACGUGUUCACUUGGAAUUUUUAUGUUCUCAUACUUCAUUAAUUCUCUACCUUUGUUCUUGUCAUUUGGUAACAUGCUUUAUUAGCCAGGUACCUUCCCAAGUGGAUCCAUUUAGAAGAUAUGUCUGGAAAUUUGAAGAAGAAUUAACUCUGCCUUUGUGCUGGGUUGCCCUACUUGAUUAGAUCAUGAGAUAUUGCAGUUGAGUUUUUAGAGUGAAAAUUUAAUUCUCAGAUCAUAUUGUAUCCUUGAUAAGUCUUUUUUCCCCGAUUUACUUUUUUUCAAAAGACUUGCCAUGUGUACACAGCCUCUACAUUUUUGUUUAAAAAGUUAACAGUGACUUAGAGUGUGAUGAUAUUUCGAUGCAAACUGGCCAUCAGUAACAGAAAACUCAAGAGUGCAUGCUUUGCCAUUGGUGGAUUGUCAGUAUAGUUUUUCUGUAGAAUGGAUAGCAUGUUCAAGAGGUGCCAUGAACAAGAACUUCUACGGGUUUAGUAGUGUGUCUUGUACAGGAGAUUACAGGACUUGCGUUAAUUGUAGGACCCUCUAUCUUGACAUGGCUUUGUACCCAGUUACAGCCUUCCUGGAAGAGAAUCCAUUUUUCACAGGCUGAUUCCCUUCAUGAGGACAGGGUACAAAAGAUGUUUGAGAAAAGCUCUACAGAUGAGGUAGUUCUUUGUGUGUCCUGUCCUUUUUCCUCCAUGACAGAUGAAGGAAACUGGUUGUGUAUCUACUUUGACUUUUCUGUAAUCUCUAAUAUUUUUUAAAUUGCAUGAUUUUAUUAACCUUUAUUCUUCAGGGGAAAAUUAUUACUUUUUUAGAUAUUUUUGUAGAUUUUGAAUCAAAACUCAGUCCUAAUGACUUUAAAUUUUUUUGUAUUUAUAAACUAGUUUCAUUAUGAUGGAUUUGAUUAGUUCAAAGUUGAUUUUAGAAAUUAUCAGGUAGCAUAAUGUCUUCCCAUCUCCAGGGGGCUUUCUGAAGGACUGAGUCUGUAGAUGAAAAAAUAAUUCAUGUACGAAUAGUAUGAUUUCUGAGAGCUUAUUAGAGUGCCUUGUGGAAUUUUGUUCUCAAUUUCAUUCUUAAGGUUUAUAAGCUGGGGGCCAAAUAAAAAUAAGGACCAUCCUUUUCUUGUGUGGAGGCUGAGGCUGUGACAUGUCCAAGGUUACAGAGUCUGUUGGGAAGAACAGAAAACCAGAUGUGCAAAUCUGGAUUCAUGGUUUGUCCCCUUCUUUUCUCAAAGGAACUGUUCUUCCUUUGAGACAGCCUUUUGACAUUUGGGGAAAUAACAGGAUCUUAGAUUUUUCAAAUUGACAUUAAGUUGUAGGAAUUAAAAUUUUUCUUUGACUCUGAACACCUUGCUGUGUAACUCAGCAGUGAGGAUUGACAUAUUGGCUGAGCAGCCUUCUUACCCCUUCUAUUAAAAGCAUAAAUGAAUAGGUGGUAUUUAAGUGGAUUUUCCCCCCUUUAUUUAAUGUUGACUCCUAAUAGUUUGGGAUAUUAGCAUCCCCCUACCUUCUCUCUGCUGUUGUCUUAGUAUGAUACGUAAAAUACAUCAUCUUGUGUCUGUUAGCAUCCCCCUGCCUUCUCUCUGCUGUUAUCUUAGUAUGAUACAUAAACUACAUCAUCUUGUGUCUAUUCAUGUGUAUAUAGCAGUAGGUCAAGUUUAGAGUACUAAUGUUUGUAAAUAAGGAAUGAUUAUUAGCAUAUCCAUUAGGAUUGUUUAUUCUUGCCAGUAUAAAGAUUUUAUUUAGACUGAAGUCCCUGAAGCUUGCCCUUCUUAUUGCUUCCCAGUAAUAGAUAAUGUGCUUGAAUAAGUAUGUGAAUUCCUGAUUGCAACUUCAUUUCAGGGGACCAUUCUUCAGUCUGUAUUUCAUUAGAAUGAUUGUUCAUGGAAUGGUACAUGGUCUGUCUUAAAGCUAGCAAAAUAGUCAUACUUUACACUAACUAAAUGGGUCCUUAAAUGAUGACAUUGAUACCUAGACAUUAACAUGUAUAUGUUUUCAUAUUGGCUCAAGCUGAGGUUCAGAAUUAGCUAAGAGUGAUUGACUACAAUAGUUAGCUACGAGUCAAAAUGAAGCGAGGACACUGGUGUUCAAAGGUGGAUAAAAAUAUUGUCUUAUCUGCUGUUAAUGGUAUCCCCAGUUCUUAGAUUUUUGUCCUCUCAGGCAAUCUUAGUCUCCAGGUCUGAUGAGAAGAGCUUAUUACCCUGACAUGCAGAAUGAUUAUUGGUUCCUUUGUGGGACCUCUAAUUUCCCUGUUCAUCUAAGAAUAUUUUGUCCUCCCACCCAAGACAGUAAGCAGCUUUUUUUUUUUUUUAACAUCUUUAUUGGAGUAUAAUUGCUUUACAGUGGUGUGUUAGUUUCUGCUUUAUAACAAAGUGAAUCAGUUAUACAUAUACAUAUGUUCCCAUGAAACAGCUGAGCCAGUCUUUUUCCCCCAGCCUUUCUUUCCUGGUGAGGUUAUCACUCUUAUCUUUUGGUUAGAGAAGCAUCAAGCAGUGGCAAUGGUGCUGUGUCCUUUGGCCUAAAUCCAGCAGAUCUGAUCUCCCAAGGCUUCUUUUUCACUUGGCUCAAAGGAUCCAUUGUCUUUUUGCACAAAGAGGCUGGCCUGGGU